CGUGAUGAGGUCCAACAAAGUGAUCUGUGUGUGCGCUGCGUGCAGUACUCGGACUAUCGACGUUUAUGGAGAAGUCAUGAAUGGCUCCCUUGUUGAUCGCAAUACUCGGAGCAACCAUCAGAAGCGUGCCGCUAAAGUCGCUGCUCGAGCCGCCGCACACCAGGAUGAUCUAGACGACGAAAGCGACGAAGAAGAGGACGAGAAUAUCUCAGUGGACACUGAAUAUGCUCAUCAAGCUGUCCCCGGACCCAGUUCAGCAGGUGGACAAGGCACCUCAGGCGGUGCCCGAAGUCGUCCGAAACCCAUCAGAAUUUCACUCCCUAAUAAUGCUCCUAUCGAACGCCUGGUCUGCAUUCUCGCUGUCUGGCUGCAUACAAAAGCCGGAGUCAGCCGAAAAAACACUAAUACGACACUUCGCGCGAUCCAGUCUAUUGUGACGACCCUCCUCGAUCUGCUUUCUACCGCUCUACGCACCUCUGGAAUCUCUGUCGAGCUUCCGUCUGUCAGGAUCCCUCGCGAUGUUCGGACGGCAGCUCGAGCCGUCCAUGGGGUCGAGCCCGAAAUCGACCAGACUGUCUGCUGUCCAAAGUGCUUCUACCUUCACCCACGGCCUGUGCCUUGGACGUGUUCGUGGAGGGAGUCUGCGCGAUCCCGCCCCUGCGGGGAGCACUUGUGGACCGAGCGGAAAACUCGGCAUGGCCCCAAAUGGGUUCCUCGCCGCCUCUACCAUACGCAGAACUUUGACACCUGGGUCCCUAUGUUCCUCUCGCGGAAGGUGAUUACAGACAGCUUGGUUGAAACUCAGCAAUAUUGUGCCAAGCGAUGGGCACCUGGAUCGAACCAUGACGACUGGAUGCGUGAUGUGCACGAUAGUCCCGCGUGGCGAGAAUUGUACGGCUCGAGCUAUCCUUCGCCGUACAAUCUUGUUUUUGGAAUAUACGUUGACUGGUUCAAUCCAUUCACAAACAAGAUAGCUGGCAAAGUCGCAUCUUGCGGCGUCAUUAUCCUCUUCUGCUUAAAUCUCGCACCUCAUCUCCGCUAUCGUCCCGAGAACACUUUCAUUGUCGGGAUCACGCCCCCUCCAAAUGCCCCUAGCGCUGUUACCAUCUCACAUAUCCUCCACCCAUUUGUCGCCUGCAUCCGCAAGUACGACAGUGCUGUGGGUUCUGCUGUCCUCACCUCCAAACACCCAGAAGGUGUAUACAUCCGUGUCAAGCUCGCCCCUCUCAUGGCCGACCUUCUGGCAAGCAAAAAGUUUGGCGGCUUUGGCUCACCAGCGCAUAGAUACUUAUGCUCUCACUGUCUCUGCCCUGCCGAUGAGAUCGAGAUCACCAACAUUGCUGCUUGGCCAAAACGUGACGGCGCUGUAGUGCGUGGUCAGGCGGAAGCGUGGUUGAAGGAGGCCACGAAGUCUGGCCGUGACGCUCUGUUCAAGAGUACUGGUGUACGCUGGACGCCUCUUCACAUGCUCAAGUCGUAUGACCCUGUCAAGCAUGUGAUGCUCGGCUUCAUGCAUAACACGCUUGAGGGUCUUCUCCAGACUCAUCUUCGCUCUCGUUGGAAACUCGGCGAGCAGAGCUCAGACAAGGCCCGCACAAGCGACUUGGUGGACGAGGACGAGCGUUGGACAGAGGAUGCCAGCCAGGAGUCAGCCGCAGAGCUUGAAGAUCUCUUCGAUGGUUCAGAACCACCAGGCUCUCUAUCCCCUACGUCGACACAUCACUCACUUGCGAGUGACUCAGACUCUGUAAUGGAUACACGAUCAACAACCCCAACCCCGUCCGUAAACCCUACCGCUCGUGCUGCCCUUCCAGAGAUGCAAAUCCCCCGGACAGAAGAAGCUGUUACGCACAAAUUUGCCCAUCCCUACCUCUUCGACUACGAUGAUGAUGACGAUGAUGACGACGAUACAGAUUACAUUCCUCCUGCAGCAUCUGCUUUUCGCUUCACGGAUCCCCAGAUACAACAGAUCCGGGAUGCCAUACGCGAUAUCUCACUUCCAUCCUGCGUAGAGCGCCCACCUCUGAACUUGGGGGAGCCGAGCCAUGGCAAACUCAAAGCCGAGUACGAGCUCACACUCUUCACAUUAAUCUUCCCCCUUUUCCUACCAGAAUUUUGGCUUCGUGCGGGCAGCACUGACCAUGACCAAUUGCUCCUGUCGAACUUCUACCAUCUUGUCGCUGCAACAAAUAUCGUCUCCAGCUUCUCUACGACUGCAUCGGCUGCCGACGAGUACACGUACCAUUAUACUCAGUACCGCAUCUCAUCGACGACACUAUUCCCGGACAGCACCUCAAAGCCGAAUCACCACUACGCCAUGCACAACGCUGAUCUUCUCAGAUACUGGGGCCCACUCCCAGUAUUGAGUGAAUUUGCGGGCGAAAGGAUGAAUGGUAUGCUUCAGAAGGUGAAGACGAAUCAUCACAUGGCGGACCUAAGCUUGACCAUGAUGAAGCAAUCUAGCCGCAGUUCUCGUCUGGAGGCCCUCUUGCAGGAUAAUUCAGCAGAUAGCGCAGUGAUUCGUGAAUUCGGAUCUAUCCUCCAGUCUACCGACAUCACGAACGCACCAAUCGAACCAGCAAAGCUAUCGCGGUUUACGGAAGAAGAAUAUGCCGCCCUGCUCAGCUACCUACGCGGGACUGGGCGACCUUACCGAGCCUUUGAGCAGUUCCCCCACCCCAAAGAUGCCCUGGUUCUUGCGCCUUGGAAACAAGAUAUACAGACGCACGGACAAGACAAAUAUUUGUAUAGCUGUCAACGAUCAAACCUAUCCAAUAGCGCGGUCUACUUCUAUAACCCUUCAACAGGAACAUGCGAGACUGGCCUCAUACAGGAUAUAUGGCAAGUUGAGCUUGGGGACAGCGCCAAGUCGGAUGCCAUCUUCUUGUCCAUUGGCCUCCACAGCUCCCUCUCUGCAGCGGACGACGCCCGCGGUGGAUACAUUCACCGUCCUGGCUUCCUCACACGGCUCGUCAGCACCACGCUCUCUGCGAAGGUCAUAGUCGAGCCACAGCACCUGCGUACACAACUCACCAUGUUGAAGCGUCCUCGUGGCGCAUAUGGGAUCGACAAGGAGUUCUACACGGUCUGUUGGGCACUGAACCGAGGUCGACGAUGAGGGAUAAGCAGAAUGCGCGCAGCACGCGCGGGCAUUGCCAGCGUGUCCGCAAGGUGCAUGCGGAUGGGGCACCCACCGAGCGCAAGG